GGAGAGGCUGGUAGAUUUCUUGUUCGACGUUUUCAUGCUUCGACCUCAAAUUAAAAGGAAUUUCUUGUCUCUUUGGAAGUAAAGUUGAAACUGGUUCAUAUCCGGUCAAAGUACUAAAGACGACAGCUUCAUCAAAGCUUAAGUAUGGUAUUAAACACAGAAAACAAAACUGGGGACUCGGUGAAAGAAAUUUGUUAUCAUUUUACCAACACGCAUUUUAACAUGGGAGAAUUUUCUUCCGCCUGGUACAUUUUCAACUGCGUAGUAAACAUCGUUUUUUCCAUCACGGCUAUGGCAUUUAAUCUGGUAAUCCUUUUUGCUAUUCGCCGGACGCCAACGCUUCACACUCCGUCUGGCACACUUCUUUUCGGUUUGGCACUCUCCGAUCUUGGUGUCGGUUUAAUAGUCCAUCCUCUGUUUUUUUCGCAAAUAUUAGCCAAGGUUAUCCGAGACCAACCGCUAUUCUGCGAUGCUGGAAUUGCUGUGGAAAUCGCAGCGAACGCCCUGUGCAUCGUAUCUCUGCUGACAGUUACCGCUGUAAGUGUGGACCGGUACCUAGCUCUUCGACUUCACUUAAGAUAUGGGGAGCUCGUAACAAUACGACGGGCAAUUUUACUUCUCGUGGGUGUCUGGUUAUCCAGUUCAACAUUUGGUUCGCUGUGGCUAUGGCAACACGAACUUGUGAAGAUAGUUGCGAUUUCUAUCAUCAGCGUAAGUCUCUGCAUUGCUUCUUAUUCUUACAUGAACAUUUAUCGGAUCGUGCAGCAUCAUAGGUCGGUCAUACGAGUGCAAAUUUCGUCUGUGAGUCAGGCUUUUGACAAAGAGGAACAAGAAGCCACCGAAAUAAACGUACAAAAAAUCAAGAAGCAAGCGGUGGGUUCAUUCUGGGUGUAUUGUCUUUUAACUGUUUGUUUCACGCCCUAUUUGUGUACCGUUGCUGUUAUAGAGGCUAAAGGCAUUACAAGUGCGAAUCGUUUAUCGUAUGAGCUUGGGGCAACUUUAAUUUUUGUCAAUUCUUCCCUGAACCCUCUCAUUUAUUGUUGGCGCUUGCGUGAAGUAAAUGAGGCAGUAAGACAGAUGCUAAGGAGUUUGCACAGCUGAAACUGCCGAAUCAUGAAACAGGUUCACUCUCAGCGCAAAUUUCUAAUGAAAAUAACCUGGUGAAUGUACUUUCGAAAAAAGGGUCUAAAAAGUGGGAUGAAAUAGUGAAAAGUAUCUUUCGUUAAAAUCAAAAUUUUAAUGACAUCUGUCAAUCAACUUCAUGCCAAG